AGUCCUAUAAGACAACUAGAGAUAAGAGAACGGGUCUUUAGAACAAUUCAUUAUAUAUCUCUAAGUCCAUGAGUAUGGAAACUACUGACAGCGAAUUGAGUGUAUCAACUGACGCUAUCACAGAAGAAAGUGCCCAUUUCGAUGAAAUCGACGAUGAUACAGAGGACGAUUCUGAUGAUAUGUCGGAGUAUGAGGAGGGCAUUAGUUUUCACAACGCCUGCCGUGAGUUUUAUAUGAACAGAAAAAGUGCCACCGAAUCUUUCAAACACAACAUGGUUAAAGAUGAUAAGAAAAGGACAGAAAUACACAAGAGGACAAAAUCCACGUCUAUCGACGCCUCCAUGGAGCGCCUACGGCGUGAAAUGGCCUCCUUGAUGGACCAGGACCUCACACUCAUGGAACAACUGCUGAACCUUAAUGAAACUAUAGAAGAUAUCAAAGUAAAAAGACUCUAUGGAUCAAGCCGAGAAUCCUUCUCCAGCUCAUGUGACUUGAACAGUGGUUCCGACUGGUCCCUUUCGGACAGUCGCUCCAGUUGUUUUCGCGGGUCCAAAUUUUUCUCCGGAACAGCUACUGUCGACAUGUCAUCUACAGAAAAUAUUGCUGACACCGGCAAAAACCGGAAGAAUGUUGUGCAAGUGGAUUCUGGUUACAAUUCCCCUUGAAUUCCAAAACAUAUUCACGAGAAAUGGUGCUGAACUGUGCAAUAUAUCUUAUAAGUACACCGUACAUGUACUACAAAAGAUACCGGUAACACAAUGCCAGUUAGAAUUAUAUCAGCCACUGUAAAUUCAUAAUGUUUAUCUAGUCAUGCAUUGUAUAUCCACACCACUGUACGCUCAAAAUAUUAUAUAUAUAUAUAUAUAUAUAUAUCAUGUCAUAUCAACAUAACGACAUGUGUAUUCGGAUACAGUAUCAAUUAAUCAUUAUAAUUACACAGCAAAAUUUAAGAGAGUUAUUUCAAAAUCUUUGUAGAAAAUUAUAUAUAUAUAUAAGUCUAUAUUUGUACGUUACAUUCGAAAAGACAAAAAAAUGUAUUGGAACAUGCAACAAUGCGCAUUGUAACUUUGAAACAGAUAGAUAAUUAGUAUUGAUGGUAUCUUUGUGAAACUUAUCUUGAUGUACCGAUUAUCCUACAAGACUGUUCCAUUUCUUUUGUUUCCAAUACAUCUCCUGUCAGUAUUGAUCUUAUUGUAUCGGGUCUUGGGAGACUUCAUCCCUUUUUGUGAAAAAGUUAUCGCCCAAUACUUUAUCGUCUGUUCAGAGGGAUCUCAUUACCAGAUCCCGAGUCUCUUUGAGUAAAUGCCAUUGUACAAUCCAAGUAAUCUUGUUUAUCUAUGAAGAUUUGGCAAAUGUGAUGACAAACAGCCCUCUGCAUUAUGUCAAGCUAUACAAUAUUCCAUCAGCAUAAAUAUUUGUCUUUUAUGUAAAAUGUAAAUGGUGGAUACGUAUGGUUCUAAUGAAAUUUGAAUAAAGAAAAAACAUGAUGAUAAUCUCUGGAAAUAGGUGAAGAAUAAAAUGUAAAUAGCAC